GCUUGAGCGAGGUACAUUACCAUGGCGUGGACCCGUCUUGCGUAGACAUUUCGCACCCUGAUCGCUGUCAUCUCUGUACCAUACACUUCUCAGUCCUGCGCUGGCCGCGGUUGUAACAUCAGCUAUAUAUCGUAAGUUGAUGAGUGGUGGACGAGACGAUCUGAUACACUAAUUCUGAUUCGCCUCACCAGCAAAGUCCCGCGUUGUUCUUCCGUGCGCUACGGUUCCAGACUCCGGUGUGUCUCUCACUGACCUUCAACAUCCCUAUGCACGCUGCUUGACGAGUUUCAAAGAUUGUUCUUUGCAGUCGCUGUUCGUUCUUUGCUUGACUCUCCUUUUCUAGCUGCGGUCUCAUCAGCAGCCAAGGCCCGCCCUUUUGCAUGGCUGCAGUCCUCGCCAAUGCCAGCAUCAUGCAAGCGCUCGAGGAUAUGUCCCAACCCAUCUCCCAAGCUUCCUCCCCGGCAUCCCCUGCUGCUUCAUUUCAUAACCAGCAAAUCCAAAUCUCGCUGCCAACCAUAAAUCUCAAUGGACAGGCUCGUUCGGAAAGCUCGACACAGCCGGGCACGCCGACCUCCUUCAGCACGAACAUUUCUUUGGACCCGCCUCUUGGCGUGUCCUUUGCAGACUAUCUUAGAGCAUGGUCAGAUAAUCACGUAGCACGAUGGCUAACGGACAUCAAGUGUGGUCACCAUGCACAAACGUUCAAGGCAAACGAUAUUCGGGGCGAUGUCCUGCUCGAGCUGGAUCAGACAACGCUCAAGGAGAUGGGUCUGGUUAGUGUUGGGGAUAGGAUACGAAUAGUAUCUGGAGUAAAGACUCUGAGGCAGAAGUGUUCAAGUAGUUCUGCCCUCUCCUCUAUUACCAAUCGUCCGCGAAGCGAUCACAGUCGUAACGGAAGCUUGGGCGAGAAUGGUUACGGGAACGGCAGAAAUAGUGGUGCUCGGAGGUUGGACAGUGGACGUCCGGCACCCCUACAUCUUACGCCACCCGCGGAUUCCAAUAACCUACCACGUAUCGUUCGCGAUGGCCAGGAUUCUUCGCGUUCAAACGCGCCUCCCAUCCGUCCCCUUCCCCAACCGAACUCUGCGGUAUCGAGUUCACGAUCAACUCUGCCACCACUUCCACCUCCACCACGAGGGCAACCACCUCAGCCACCGAAUGCACGGACACCUCGUGCUCUGCAUCCUCCGCCAAACCCGCUAUCGGGACGACGAACACCAACACAGCCUGAUGCACCUCCAUUCACACAUCAGCCUCUACCACCCGCUCCCGCUUCUCAACAUCUGACACCGACAACACAAUCACAAGGUGUCAACUGGCCCUCCUAUGAUUCACGUCAAGGGAGUGGAGGGAGUAGAACACCCUUGAGGUCGCCCUCACCAUUGCCUCCCCAACCAGUGCAAACUCGAAACAACAACAAUCGCUCGCCAAAUGGUACCGUUCAUGGCCGCAACGCGUCGUAUUCUGGUACGAAUACUCCCGCUCAAACGAACACGCCUAAACGUCCUUCGACAGGGAACGCGCCACAUCCUUAUGCGCAACUUCCUGCUCAGCAAUCCAGUUUGUCUCCAAUCCACGAAGCGUUUACUUCUCAGCGUGCAAUGUCUACCACACCGCCGCCUGCAUCCGCGAACCCGUACCGCAAUGUUCAACCACCCAACCGAUCAGCUACACCUUCGCAUAAUCCUUCUCUGGAUGAUUUGAGACGGAAAUUGAUCAAGUUUACACUUCCUGAGGAGGGCAAAUCUACAACGAUCAACGUUAUCGACUGUGCUGGAGGUGCGGAGGUACUGGAGAGGGCAUUGAGAAAGUUCGGCAAAUUGAAUCCUAAGCCCGGUGAUGAUACAUCGAUGAGUGUAGAGAUUGUUAAUGGAGGACUGAGCGUUGAGGGUUGGGGUGCUUUCCUCGACUGGGGUCAAGAAGAGUCCAGUGGCGGUCCUCUUUCUGAGGGACAGUUGUUGUCCAUUUGUCAUGCUCCACCGGACGAGCCAGCUCGCGAACAUGGAUUGACACUACGGCGACUGGGUAGGAAGGGGGCCAGAGCGUCACCUAUAAACACUGCAGCCCCUGCGAAAUCUUCUGGUAGCACCGAGAGUCUCAGUGAUUCUCUUCUCUCUCCUCCGGAUUCCAGUCAUGCAGCGCAAACAUCAGGUUUAACUUCCAUGGCCAUGAAACGCGCUAGUUCUAUCAGCAUCCUGAGUGGUUUGGGUGUACCAGUACCGGACCAGCAAUCUAAGUUGCUCUCUCCGAACGCUUCCCCGACUAAGAGCCCAUCCAAACGCGGGAAGCUUCGCAACUUCUUUGGACAGCGACCUCCUAGUGAGCUCAUCACUAACCAUCUAGCAGACUACUUCCCGAAUGCCGAGAAAAAGGUACUCGAGAGGACGAGGAGAGUCAGCAUGAUGCGUGCAAGUGGACUCGGUCCUCCCAACAGGAGGGACAGUAUCAUCUCAUGGAACCCGCCUUCUCGUUCAAGAUUCAGCGUUAGCACCCAGGGUUCUCACUUAGCUUCGUCUCCUAGGAACUCUAUCGCGUCUGGAUCUGGGUUCGCGAACGAGAAGCCGCCUUCACCUGAGCCUUCAGAGCCAGUUCACCAGGAUGAGGAACCACCAAGGGUGUCGAUCUCUACCGAGGAUGGUCCUCCGAUUGAGGUUACUCCCGAAGACGUUAGCGAGAAACCGAAAGCGAGCAAGCGACGGUCAGUCAUGUACUUACCACCUGUUGCGUUCCCCUCGGAGUCGUUGGCAGAGUCCAUGAACAUCCUCGACCAGCCUAUCAAUUCACGGCCAGUUUCGAGGGCUUUAUCGGCUACUUCUAUGUCGUCGAAGCGCAUGAGUUACAUUACAGAACUACGCAGUAAGCGUGACAAGUCUGAUACGGCAAGUCUGAUGACUGUGGACGAGAUUACUGCUGAAGUGGAGAGUCGAAGAGCGAGUAUGGAAAGUAGGAGGGAAAGUAGUGUGGGUACAGACUGGACAAAGGUGGAUGUUGAGGAUACUGACAAGGGAAGCAUCAUGGAAAUGCCGGAAGAGGAAGAACAAGAGAGUGAGGAGGAUGAAGAUGAAAAGGGCGAAGACGGCAGUGAUGCUACGAUUACUGAUGAGGAUGAGGAAGGUCAAGGAAAGCAAAUUACUUCACAUGGAGAACGGACUAUCAAGUGGAUCAAAGGUGCUCUUAUCGGUGCCGGUUCCUUUGGCAAAGUCUACCUAGGAAUGGACGCUUCGACCGGUCUUCUCAUGGCUGUAAAGCAAGUCGAGCUUCCGAGUGGAUCUGCACCAAAUGAGGAGCGCAAGAAGAACAUGCUCAGUGCGCUGGAGCGAGAGAUCGAAUUGCUCAAGGACUUACAGCAUGAGAACAUUGUCCAGUACCAUUCUUCCUGCAUUGACGAGGAUCAUUUGAACAUUUUCCUCGAGUAUGUCCCUGGUGGAUCUGUUACAUCUGUCCUUCGGAACUAUGGUGCCUUCGAAGAACCUCUCGUAAGAAAUUGGGUCCGACAGAUCCUGCUUGGCUUGAACUACCUACAUGAGCGAGAUAUCAUUCAUCGUGAUAUCAAAGGCGCCAACAUGCUCGUAGACAACAAGGGCGGCAUCAAGAUCUCUGACUUUGGUAUCUCCAAGAAGGUCGAGGACAAUCUGCUCCCUGGCAAUCGUGCCCAUCGCCCGUCACUCCAGGGUUCAGUCUUCUGGAUGGCCCCGGAAGUUGUUAAACAGACUGCUUACACCAAGAAGGCUGAUAUCUGGAGUAUUGGUUGCUUGGUCGUUGAAAUGCUAACAGGCGAGCAUCCCUGGGCUCAGUUGACCCAAAUGCAGGCCAUUUUCAAGGUAUGUGCUAGGCAUGCCUCACAUCUUCCGGAGUGUUCAUUCUGCUGUUCUUUAGAUCGGAUCCUCCGCUAAGCCACCGAUGCCGCCUGACAUCUCACCAGAGGCUGAAGACUUCCUGCAGAAGACGUUUGAGCUCGAUCAUGAAGCUCGUCCGAACGCUGCAGAGCUUCUCAAACAUCCAUGGGUCGCAAACCAAACAUCCCCGCUAGGCCCAUGACAUGUCUCCGUGCACCUGAUUUUCACUCAUACAUAUGUACUCUCUUUCUUCAUUUCUUCCCUCAACAAUUUCAUUCGGUGUUUUGGUUUACCUUUCGCAUUUCGCAUUCGCAUUAUCAUAGUUAAUUUGCUGUGUUGGUACCUUCUCGAUUUUCUCUGGAUCCCCCGGUUGCUUCGCUCUGCAUACUCUGUUGUGAAUUAGACGACGUACUCUAACUAUCGACACUGUGGUUACUCCUCCUGCUCUCGUUUCCUUUUGCCUGAGUUGGCUCUCUGCGCCGGACCCCAGUUGGGCGUUGGAUUCAUUUGGUACCGAACAAGAUUGACUUUGGACGCCGUGACCGACUCCGAAUGAUGUUUGAAGUUGGCCUCUUUCCUGCAGCAACAUCAGCAUAGCCAGAAGGUAUCCGAGAAGCAAGAAACUUACUUUGGCUCUUUCUGC